CUCCCAGAUCCAUCCGCCCCAUCCCAGCUUCGAAGCCUUCGGCCUGGCUCGCUCGCGAGCAAGCGGAAGCGGAGGCGGAGGCGCGGAAGCCGAUGCCAUGGCCCAUGCGGCGGACUGCGCGGCCAACGCCCACCGGCAGCGGCCCCCGCCCCCGCUGCCGCUGCCGCCGCAGCUCACGGUGGCCCAGCUGCCGCAGCUGCUGAGACCCACAGGCAAACGCUUCCAGGCAGCGCCAGGCCCGCCGGAAGCCCCCGAACUUCAGGACACUCAGCUGGAGGGCUCCCACGAUUUGGUCGCGGCAUCGGAGCCGGAGAAUGGGCCUGCAAAGCCGGACCCAGAGAGUGAGGGCCGAGCUGAGCACGAGCCAGAUUCCGACAGCGCAAGAGCACGCACGCAGCGGGCUGUUGACAUCGAGGGCUCCCACGAUUUGGUCGCGGCAUCGGAGCCGGAGAAUGGGCCUGCAAAGCCGGACCCAGAGAGUGAGGGCCGAGCUGAGCACGAGCCAGAUUCCGACAGCGCAAGAGCACGCACGCAGCGGGCUGUUGACAUCGAGGGCGCCCACGAUUUGGUCGAGGCACCGGAGUCGGAGAAUGGGCCUGCAAAGCCGGACCCAGAGAGAGUGGUGGGUGAGGAGGUGGCGAGUGAGGGGCAGGGCUCCGGCCUCACUGCGCCGGACCCGGAGAGCAUCUUGGCCGAAGGGCUUCGACAGCCGCCAGGUGGGCGGACAUCCCCGGUGUUGGCGGUAAAAGGCGAUCAGACCGACGACUUGCACGGCCAGCCAGCUGAGGUGGCCCUGGCGAUUUGGUCGGAGGACACGUCCUUGGAGGAGUGGCAGGCGAAGUCUUUCGCAGAGUUGGCCGAGAUCGUUUCAAAGAUCUUGGCGGACAUGGCGACACUGAGCUCCCAAUGCGAUAGGCUUUUUCUCAAGUCCUGCCACUCCGUGUCAGGUGACAGCUACUUGGAUGUGGAGAAGCUCCAUGUGCUCACGCAGCUCUUGAUCGAUCGCUUCGGUUGCCGGUCCUCCGGAACCUUGGAGCGCAUCGGGCAAGUGUAUGGGGCUGUCACCGCAGGGAGGGACGAAACAGGCCUCAGCAGCUUGGAGUUUCAGGGCUACACUGCAGCGGUGCUGACUCAGCUCCUGCAAGACUUGGAGUCGCAGAUCGCAUCUGGCGAUCUUCCGGAGAGCCGCGCGGAUCCACAAGGUGGUCUGAUGGAGACGCUGCAAGACUGGAUAUCGCAACUUACUUCGGCGCUGGAGUGAGCGUCC